AUGGACGGUAGGCUUUUAAUACUGGUAGGACUCCUCAACGAUAUCCAGGUGACUAUAGCCAACUUAUAUGCCCCCAACACCAACCAAUAUGACUUCCUUCGGAAAGCUUUAAGACGGGUCAACCAGCUAAAAAAGGGGCAGACGCUCAUUUGUGGGGACUUUAAUUGUGUGCUGGACCCUGCUCUAGAUAGGACUGGAAACCCUGGCUCCCACCUAAGAUCUACACAUCUGGGGGAAAACCUGUUAGCACUCAUAUACUCCCACGGCUUGCAUGAUACUUGGCGGGCACUGUACCCAGCCUCUAAAGACUACACUUUUUACUCUAAGGUUCAUGAUCAAUACUCCCGCAUAGACAUGAGCCUGGUAGACACUAAAACACUAGAUACUUUAGACGAGGUUUCCAUUGCCCCGAUAACCUGGUCUGACCACACUCCCCUUACAUCAUCGUUCACCACACUCCACCCAGUCCGAGGACAGUGGAGACUCAACAAGUCUCUGAUAGACAACGCAGAGAGAGCGGCCGAGAUAAGGAGAUCCCUAGUACACUACUUUGUGGACAACCAGUACACUGACACAACCAUUGUCACGAUGCGGCUUGCCCAUAAGGCAGUCACGUGUGGCAUGCUCAUCCAACAGAGUGCGAAAAUGCGGCGCCAACUCUCAGAGAAAAGCGUGUCCUUGCUCAAGGACUUAAAGCAGGCUGAAAUACAACAUAAGGCGUCAGCCACUGAAUCCCGUAGGCAAGAGGUAUAA